ACCGUAAAUUUUUCUGAUUAUUGAGUUUGAUCAUGUCUAUAUUCAAAAUCUCUUUGUGAUAUGAUAUUUGAAAGAGUCUAUCCAUCAUCUCUGAAUUUAAAAAAAAUUGAUCAAUCAUUGAAGAAGUUAGCAUGUCUAUACAGCGUUAUCAAUAGGUUAGACUUUUUUUAUCAUCCAAUUUGACAAAAUGGAAAACCUAUGUCAUGGCCUUACUGGGUCUCAUUUAUUAUAUGUUACCAAAUUUUUUGAACCGGCAUUGCCCGAUUCUACGACCCAAUGAAGAAAGAAAGUGGCCAAGUGAAAAGUCAUAACUUCCCUAACAAAAAGAAGUUGGAAUAAAACACGAAAAAACAAUUCAAUGUAUUUUUUAUUUAAUUUACUUUUUUUAAAAAAUGUCUUAUCACACUUGCCGUGCCAAUGCGAAAGUGAAUUUCGAAAAGUUUUAGUUUUUCUUCUUUUACAGAGGCAGAAAAGAAUCUCGAAAAGUUUUGAGGAUCAAACACAGCAACAUCCUUGUUUUGUUAUGUAUGAAUGGAGACAGAUGGAGAAUCAGAAUCAUAUGCCAUUCUCUGUACUAUUCUUAUUAUUCCUUAAGUAACCAAGAAAAGAGCGGGAAAAUCAAGCGUUCAACCUUAAAGAUAUUCCACCAUCUCUCUCCCCUAGCCUUCAAUUUCUCUCCUCCUUACUUCACUCUCUCAACUCUCUCUGCAAAUGGGUAACUACAGAUUGUGUAUGUGCUUCAUUAGGAAGUUCAAAGUCGUUGAGGCCGGUCCUCCUCCCGACAUUAAGGAUCACUUUAAGAAGUACACCGACAGCGCCACCCACAUGACGGCUGAGCAGCUUCGGACUUUUUUGGUGGAUGUGCAGGGUGACUCCACUGCUUCCAUCGCCGAUGCUGAGAAGAUAAUCGAGCAGGUUUUGCACAAGAGGCAUCACAUUGCCAAGUUUACCGGACACACUCUCACUCUUGAUGAUUUUCACCAUUAUUUGUUCUCUGCAGAUCUCAAUCCUCCUGUUCGAGAAAACCAGGUUCACCAGGAUAUGACAAAACCAUUAUCCCACUAUUUCAUAUAUACUGGCCAUAAUUCCUACCUGACAGGAAACCAACUCAGCAGCGAUUGCAGUGAUGUCCCCAUCAUAAAUGCAUUGAAGAGAGGCGUAAGAGUGAUAGAGCUUGAUAUAUGGCCAAAUUCUACCAAGGAUGAUAUACAUGUUCUACACGGAAGGACACUGACAACUCCGGUGGAGUUCAUUAGGUGCUUGAAAUCCAUAAAAGAACAUGCCUUUUCAUUCUCUCCAUAUCCUGUCAUAGUAACUCUAGAAGACCACCUUACCCCAGAUCUUCAAGCUAAAGCUGCUCAGAUGGUUAUGGAGACAUUUGGGAACAUGCUGUAUUAUCCUGAAUCCGAAUGUUUAGAAGAGUUCCCUUCUCCAGAAGAUUUGAAGCAUCGCAUAAUCGUUUCAACCAAACCUCCCAAAAAAUAUCACAAGUCUAAAAAUGUCAAGCGCAAGGGAAAUGAAUAUCAGAAGGAUAAGGAUUCUGAUGAUGAUGCUUGGGGAAAGGAGCCGUCAGACGUUGUAUCUGAUCAAGAAGACAGCGUCUCGAUUGAGAGUGAUACUAGUGAAGAUAGUGAUGAUGAGUCAAACCAUGUAGGAGUAGAUGCAUACAAGCGUCUAAUUGCGAUUCAUGCUGGUAAGCCCAAGGGCGGCUUGAAGGAGGCACUAAAAGUUGAUUCCUGUAAAGUUAGACGCCUUAGUUUGAGUGAGAAAGCACUGGAAAAAGCCACUGAAAAACAUGGAGUAGAUAUUAUUAGGUUCACCCAGAAAAAUUUCUUAAGAGUGUAUCCAAAAGGCACUAGGUUUAACUCUUCCAACUACAACCCACUUAUUGCUUGGAUGCAUGGAGCUCAAAUGGUUGCAUUCAAUAUGCAGGGAUAUGGUAGAGCUCUUUGGAUGAUGCAUGGGAUGUUUAGGGCCAAUGGAGGUUGCGGUUAUGUGAAGAAACCUGAUUUUUUUAUGAAACUGGGGUCACGUGGUGAAGUAUUCAAUCCUAGAGGCAAAUUGCCUGUAAAGAAAACUUUAAAGGUGAAAGUGUACAUGGGAGAUGGUUGGCAUUUGGAUUUUAAACCGACACACUUCGAUUUGUAUUCCCCACCAGAUUUCUACACCAGGGUAGGCAUUGCAGGAGUGCCAGAUGAUAUGAAAAUGGAGAAAACUAAGACAAAAGAGGACAAUUGGACGCCUGUUUGGGGUGAAGAAUAUACAUUUCCAUUGACUGUUCCUGAAAUAGCUUUACUUAGAAUUGAAGUUCAUGAGUACGAUAUGUCUGAGAAAGAUGAUUUUGCUGGCCAAACUUGUUUCCCUGUUUCUGAAGUUAGACCAGGGAUCCGUGCUGUCCCCCUUUUUGAUCGCAAAGGGAAGAAGUUGAACUCAUCGAGGCUUCUCAUGCACUUUGAGUUUGUCUAAAUCUGACAUGACAUUUCAGUACAGAUAUCUAACUCAGUUGAAUUCUUCCAAGAUUAUGAUGUCCAUGCAUUUGCUGUUUGAUAUAUUUCUUUGUUAAACUUUUUUUUUUUCCUAGAAUUUCCUGAGAAUUUGUUAUAAACCUAUUGACUUGUAAAGGAUUUUGUGUUUCUUU